AUGGCUGCCGUCGCACCUUUCAAUCCCCGUCCUCUUCUCCAGAGCUUAGUCGAUAAAGAUAUCGUCGUCCGGUUAAAGUGGGGCGAAACCGAAUACAAGGGCAGACUCGUGUCCGUCGACCUUUACAUGAACAUACAACUCUCGAAUACGGAAGAAUUUGUCAACGGCGUGAGCUCGGGCACACUUGGACAGGUUUUGAUACGAUGCAACAACGUCUUGUGGAUCGGGAAGGCCGAGGAGGUGGAACCGAAGGCUACCAAGGAUUCUGCCAUGAGCGGUUGA